GGAAAUUCUUUUUCCUUAACUCUCUCCCCUCAAUAAGGACGAAGUUAAGGCUGUUUAUUUCUGGUGUCCUUAGCUGUCUUCAGUGAGGAGGUGAAGCUGCUCAGGUGCUAGAAACAUGGUAGAAGCUGCUGUGGGGUCCAGAGGUACUGUCCCAGAGGGUGGGACCGAACUUGAGAUAUACCAAGCCUUAGAACCCUUUGUGAGACUAUUACCCUAGCGUCACUUCUCCCAGCAACAAUGACUCACAAAACUGAGAGCGAUACAGCUUUCUCUUGGCCCUGGAAGGCACAGGUCACAAAGGCCAUUGGGGCCUAUGAAGAGAAGGCAUUCCGUCAGAGUGCUGUGCGUAGUCCCUGCCUCCGCAGUUGCCCGCUGGGCCGGGCCUGCGUCUCCUGCUCCCAUUCCACAACCAGGACUGGGCCUUCAGGCCUUAGGGCUAACAGGGAACAGUGCAGCGCUUCAGUGCCCAUGUGUGUCAUCUGCUUUGUGAAGGCACUAGUGCACGUGUUUAAGAUCUACUUGACAGCAAACUACACGUACAACUUCCGCAGCUGGCCGGUGGACUUCCGCUGGGAUGACGUGCAUGCCCCAGGCUCUAGAAGCAGCAGUCACCGUGCUUUGACAUGUGCUGCGGCUGCAGCAGGUGUGUGGCUGCUCCAUGAUGCCGCGCUGGGCGAGGAGGUACUCACAAGGUCUCCACGAGGAGCUCGGAGCCAAGCGCAGUGCCUCCUCCAGCAGAUCCGUGAGCUGCCCACCCAGCUCGCCAGCUACGCACUGGCCCACUCACUGGGCCGCUGGCUCGUAUACCCCGGCUCUAUGUUCUUGAUGACGCGCGCGCUACUGCCUCUGUUGCAGCAGGGCCAAGAGCGACUAGUGGAGCGCUACCGUGGGCGGCGUGCCAAGCUGGUGGCCUGCGAUGGCAACGAGAUUGACACCAUGUUCAUGGACCGCCGCCAGCAACCUGGCAGCCAUGGCCGCGGCCUGCGCCUGGUCAUAUGCUGUGAAGGUAAUGCUGGCUUUUACGAGAUGGGCUGCCUGUCUGCGCCCCUGGAGGCUGGAUACUCAGUGCUAGGAUGGAACCACCCUGGAUUCGGGGGCAGCACAGGUGCACCCUUCCCGCAACAUGAUGCAAAUGCAAUGGAUGUGGUGGUUAAGUACGCACUGCACCGCCUGCACUUCCCGCCAGCACACGUGGUGGUUUAUGGCUGGUCUAUAGGAGGCUUCACAGCCACUUGGGCCACCAUGACUUACCCAGAACUGGGUGCACUGGUGCUGGAUGCCACCUUUGAUGAUCUUGUGCCACUAGCGCUGAAGGUCAUGCCUCAGAGUUGGAAGGGGCUGGUAGUACGCACUGUGCGGGAACACUUCAAUCUCAAUGUGGCUGAGCAGCUGUGCUGCUACUCAGGCCCAGUGCUCUUGCUCAGACGCAUACAAGAUGACGUUGUCAGCACCUCGAAUCAUAUACCCUCUCUGACAUCCUGUCAGGUGGAGGGCGAUGUGGAAGGUAACCGUGGCAAUGAGCUGCUGUUGCGCCUUCUGCAGCACAGAUACCCGUCUGUGAUGGCCCGCGGGGGCCGCGCAGUGGUAACCCGCUGGCUGCGUGCCAGCAGCUUGGCUCAAGAGGCUGCAUUCUAUGCACGUUACCGCGUCGAUGAUGAGUGGUGCUUGACAAUGCUGCGUUCUUAUCGUGAGCGCUGCCAGAAGGAGUUGGACGAGGAUGAGGCCUGGGGGCCACAUGGACCUACCUUUCCCUGGCUUGUGGGCCAAGGCCUGAGCCCCAAGCGGCGCCGGCAGCUCGCACUGUUCUUGGCACGCAAGCACCUCAAGAACCUGGAGGCAACACACUGCAGCCCACUGGAGCCUGAGGACUUCCAAUUGCCUUGGGCGCUCUAGCCAGUGUUUAUGUGACUCACGAACUUGGGCAUUUGUACACCUUCUAGCUCCUUGCAACUGUUCCUCUCCCUACAUCUAUACAGAAAAAGCUGGCCCUGCUGAGGAUCUUGGUGUCUGGGAGACUGGGCAAUAUAUCUUGGACUGUACUUGCUUUCACCUUCUUUCUGUUCUUUCCUGCUUCUGUCUUUUCUCUUCCUCGAGCACAUCUAAAUGCCUGUGCCUAAUUCUCGAAGGGAAUGUAAAGAUGAACCUGAUCCAAUUU